UGGUUAUCUUUAAAUAAAUCUCUAGAUAUGCAAGCAAGGAAAUUUUUUAUAAGAAAACUGUUUGUGAUAGGAACUAAACUGAAGAUGAGCCCCUUUUCUGUCGAUAUCAGAAUAGCUGCUCUACUCAUGGUCAUUUGUUAUAUUGGUAGUGCAACAUCAACUUUAUGUCAGGCAGGAGAGGUUAAUUUCAUGAGUUACCCGAAAUCGCCAUUUCCACAAGAAAAGAGGAUAAAGUUUGAACAACCUUUCAUAGAGAGACCAGUCGUAAUGUAUGCCAUUAAGAUGAUAGACGCCCAAUAUAACACCAAUACCAGAAUCAAGGUCAACUUACAAUGGGUACGUCCAGAGAGAUUCUCCAUCUUCAUGACGUCAGCCUACGACAGUAAGCUGUUUGGUCUAGGGGUGUCUUGGAUGGCCUGUCCAUAACAAAAAUAUCAUAUGCCUUCCAUUUAAUAAUUUUAAAUAUUCAUAAACUCAUUAUUAUUCAUAAUGAAUCAAUAGAACACACGUACAUGUCAUUAUUAUGUAAAUAGUUUUAUAUAUGCUUUGUAAAUGAUGUUGAGAUGAAAAUAAAUUGAUUUCUUUGUU